UCGACUGGUCACGAUGAACUAGUAAUAACGUUUCCAAUAUCGGGGACUCUCUUUUAUAGUCGCGAAAUCAAGUUGGAACAGUAGGAGAGAAGCUCAGAGCCCGGCUUGGAAGCGGGAAUAACCUUGAGGAUUGCUACGACCUCCCUACUCGCUACUCUGAUGCAUGGUCAGGCCUUUCUUGCAAAGCGCCGAGAAACGUCCAUCGCGUCUAUUGGUUGGUUCCGUCGCGUGGAAAAAAAAAAGGGAGAUGAGGAAGAAACAAACUGUUGCUUUCGUUUUCUCUUGUAUCUCAAAGACGAAGAUGGCGAAGACGACGAUGACGACGACGACGACGACGACGACGACGACGACGACGACGACGACGACGACGACGACGAUGACGAUGACGAUGACGACGACGAUGAAGACGAAGGGGCGACGUCCUCCACCGUACGAUGUCUGAACGACGUCGAGUAGAGAAAUUCAAUGCGUACGGCAAGGGGGAGCGGGUGUAAAGAGGAUCUCCACGAGAAUCCUCCUAUAUAAGAGAGCCGCGUCUCGUAUUUUCAGGUAUUACUCUGCUACCGCCAAUCAGCUCGUACGCUAGAAUCAACAUGUUCAAGUUGUUCCUCGUUGCCGCCUUGUUGGCUUUCGCCGCAGCUGCACCUGCACCGGCACCCGGUGCUAUUUUGAGUGCUCCCUUGGUAACCUCCUAUGCUGGUGCACCGAUCGUUUCCAAUCUCGGCACGCCAGUGGCUUAUUCGGCAUAUUCAGCACCGCUUGCUUACAAUACCUACGCUUCACCGUACAGCUACGUACCUUACGCCUAUAAAGCUGGAUAUUACAUCUAAAAAAAGGAUGAUACUCAUCACAGGACCCUGGCUACGAUUCAUCGAUUCCCAUUUCUUUUUCUUCCUUAUCAAUUAGUCUUCUUAUUACUUUUUUCCUCCCUUCCCACCCUCCCCCCCCUCUCUCUCUCUCUCUCUUUCCUUGCCACCUUCUUAACCUUUCGUUACCUCCACGUAUUAUCGCCCGAACGUUCAAUAAACCGUCAACAAUAUGUCCUGAUAAAAUCCUUCCCACACUUCUUUCCAUUCCCUUUAUUAUAUCGAUCUCAUCGAUUCCAAUCAUCAGUGAGCAUGCAACUAAAAAUCAAUAAAUCCGCUUGAAAAAGGCA